UUGUUUUUCAGGAAGUCGCUGUCAGGAAGAAUGGAGUUAGGGGCCUGCAGGGUCGCUUUUGAAAAGGAUGGUGUCUAUCUACAUACCAGUGCAAAGCGUCACCCCGAUCAGGACUCUAUCAUACCAGGGGUUAUCCGCAUAAUUGAGAAGGGUUCUGACCCUUUGCUGCAGUGGACGCCUGUAGAGGAGUCUUCAGACGCUGCUCAGAUAACGUUCACCAAGAAGGACACGGUGGGCUGCCAAGCUGAUGAAGAAAUCUUUGACCCGGGAUAUGAGCCGGACUGGGCUGUCAUCAGUACAGUGGGGACUCAAUCUCGGGUCCAGGAGGAAACAAAUGCUGCCGGGCCAAAGUCGCCAAUCCCACGGGGCCAGUGGGCUUUCUCUCUCCCCUUGUCCGAGCUGAAAUCCAUCCGUAAAAGCAAGCCAGGUCUGGGCUGGUCAUACCUCAUCUUCAUCACCAAAGAUGGGAUCUCCAUUCAGGCCCUGCACUUCCACCGUGGGGGCACCAAAGCACUCCUCAAAGCUCUUUGCAAAUAUGUCAUCUUAGCCACCUCCCCUAAAGAUUCCCGGCUCUAUUUGGUUUAUACGCACGACUCCUAUGCCCUCUCCCACUCUUUCGAUGAACUUCAGCUCUUUGACGACAGUUCUUCCAACCUCGUUUCGCGAUUCUUGCAGGAUCCUUACGCUGCCACCUUUGGAGGCUUUUCCAAAGUCACCAAUUUCUUCCGCGGGGCUCUGCACCAUGAGGACGGGACCCCCCAGCACGCCCUUGGUGACCCUGGCGCCAGCAAUGUCGAGGAGGAGACGGGCUUUGAAAUGAUCACCUGUCAGGCACGGUUGGGGGAACGGCCGUGCAUCCAGCGGGAAACCCCGGUCACGGAGCAGGAGUGGGAACAGCAUCUGGAUCCUGACGGGCGUGUGGUGGACCCCAGCGGGCUCCGCAGGAGGAUCUUUUCUGGGGGACUCCACAUGUCGUUGCGCAAAGAGGCCUGGAAAUAUCUGCUGGGCUAUUACUCCUGGGAGAACAGCAGCGAGGAGAAUAAAGCGCAAGUGAGGCGGAAAACGGAUGAGUAUUUCCGCAUGAAGCUACAGUGGAAGUCGGUCAGUGAGGAACAGGAACGACGGAACUCCUUACUGCGUGGCUACCGCAGUCUGAUUGACAGGGACGUGAGCCGCACGGAUCGGAACAACAAGUUCUACGAAGGCAGCGACAACCCGGGCCUCGUGCUCCUGAAUGACGUGCUGAUGACCUAUUGCAUGUACAACUUUGACCUUGGAUACGUUCAAGGCAUGAGCGACCUCCUCUCUCCCAUCCUGUACAUUACCCAAAACGAAGUGGACGCCUUCUGGUGCUUCUGUGGAUUCAUGGAGUUAGUGCACUGCAACUUUGAGGAAAGCCAAGAGUCCAUGAAGCGCCAGCUAGCCCAGCUCACCCUUCUCCUCCGGGUUCUCGACCCCCCACUCUGUGACUUCCUGGACUCCAAGGAGUCCGGCACCUUGUGCUUCUGCUUCCGAUGGAUCCUGAUCUGGUUCAAGAGAGAAUUUGCCUUCUCCGAAAUUCUUCAGCUGUGGGAGGCACUGUGGACAGGGCUACCUUGCCCCAGCUUCCACCUCCUGGUGGCCUGCGGGAUUCUGGAUGCGGAGAGACAGGCGCUCAUGAACUCCGGCUUUGGCUUCAACGAGAUCCUCAAGCACAUCAACGAGCUCACCAUGAAGAUGAGCGUAGAAGACAUCUUGUGCCGGGCCGAGGCGAUCUACCGACAGCUGGCCGCGUCUCCGGACCUGCCCCGCAACGUCCAGGAACUGCUGGGCCUCUCCGAGGGCAAAUCUCCUUCCCCCAGCACUGACACGGCGAGCUCUCCGCAGCCUCUGUCGCCCAGCCAGGCCCAGGAGAUGGAGCUGACGGACAGUGUUUCCCCGAGCCAGCCGGACAGCAGCAUCGAAAUCCUGCCGGCCGAGGAGGCGACCACCUCUCAGUCUCUCUCUCCUUGAAGGCAGACGUUGUGCCGCCUCCGCCGCCGCCAUCCUCCUUAACACGAGCACUUUAACCAGAGCAGGGUGAGGGCUGAGAUUGGGAUCAUGGCGGGAGAGCGGAUAUUCAUGGCACGGAAUUCUCCCCGGCAGGUCACUUGGCGGUAGGAACGUCAGCUCUCCCAAGGCACUCUGGGCCACGGGAGCCGACGCGUCCUCCUAGAGUUUCCUGACAGAGGGUGGUGGAUCUCAAAAGAGGCCAGGGCUUGGAGAAUGUUGUGCGCCUUUCCCAUAAUGCACAGGGAAUCGUGGCCUCCAAAGGCGUUGAGGCUCAGCGGAGAGUUCAUGUUCCUGGAGACAGAAGAGAGGAAGUUAAUGCCGUCAGGUUCUUCUCAGACUUCCACGGGAGACUUGCUCAAAUCCUCUUGUUCUCUUCGCCUUUAUUCCCCACGCUACUUGUGUGUGAAGCAGAAUUCCUCCUGAUCUCCUAGGACAGGGGUCUUCAAACUAUGCCCCUCCAGAUGUUCCCGGACUACAGUUCCCAUCAGCACUGCAACCUGGCCAUGCUGGCAGGGGCUGAUGGGAAUUGUAGUCCACGAGCACCUGGGAGGGCCAUAGUUUGAAGACCCCUGUCCUAGGAGAAAGGUAUUUAAACUUCAGUUGGCACACAUAGUGAAGUCUUGAUCUUCUGUCGCCGUCUCUCCUCUGUUUCGUGUUCUUCCACGUUCAGCUUCCGAUCGCUAGUCUGACGGCAACGUGUUCUCUCUCGCUCUCUUAUUAACUUCACGUUGCUCAUGAAGUUUCCUGCAAUCACCUACCCAAGCUGUGGAACCCACGAUCUUGGGUUAAAGGAAAAGAACCACUAGUAGGUCGAAGUGACAGAACUGGAAAUGGGGCCUCAUUUUAACAGGAGACUGGUUGGCUGAAAGAGAAGAGAUCCCCCGACCGGGAGAAAGAAAGGAUGCUAGGGAAUCACAGUGGCAGAAAACCUCAGUGCUUCAGUUUCUGCGGGCGUUGCUCGCCAGGCCGCCCGCUCUCUCCCAGAGGAACGUUUUAGUCGGUGGUUUCGACCCGGGGUGGGGUUUCGAACUGACGUGUGGCCUCGUUCUCAUGUGCCGACACCGUGUGCCUGCCCGUGUGCUCUUCUUGCCCUGGCCUGCUCUGUUGACCGGCAUCCUUCUCAGCCCUCACCUUUGGUUUCUUUGUUUCCUUUGUAAUCGUGCAUUAAAAAUGUAGCGUCA